GUUUAUUCGAGCCAAUAAAUACAGCAAGAUAAGCGAGCUUGUACAACUCAAAAUCAAGACUUCAUAAGACAGAGAGAACGGGCGAAGACCGAUAAGACUUACGUUCUUCAGAUCAACUUAUCAACAUGCAAAUAACGAUAUUGAUGAUAUUAUCAUUUUCUUUCCUCAUACACGGCACGGCAUCUGAUGCUUGCAGAGACCGCUUAAGGACGAGAGCGUGCAAAAACUUACUACGAAAUUAUCGCCUUAAAGGCAUAGAGGGUUGCAAAUGGAAGUCUGUGAAGUCGAUCUGCGCUCUCACUUGCAAUUCGUGUGUGGUGAAACCGAAGUGUGCCUUAGAAACAAGUAAGUACGGAUGUUGCUGGGACAAGAAGACAGAGGCCAAAGGAUUCUAUGGUGAAGGUUGUCCUGAGUGCACAGACCGUUAUCCAAAGUACUGCCAAAGACGAAUGUCUAUACUUUCUACAAAGAGAGCGUGCGAUGAGCGGGGAAAAGCAUUUUGUCCAAAGAGCUGUGGUGUUUGCAGAUUGCACGCCCUAGCCCAGCCCAUACAGGAUUGUUUUUCCUCUCCACACGGUUGUUGUUGGGAUUAUUCAGAAGCAGAGGGACCUAAUGGAGAGGGGUGCAUGGAAUGUAGAGACCAAUAUCCUAAUGUUUGCACGCUCUGGUACGACUUCUGUGAUCCUGAUGCGUUGAAAUACAAGGUCCUAAGACAGUCAGUGGAAUUUAUAAAAGCAAACUGUCCAGUUACAUGCAAAAAAUGCCAACCGGGACAAAGACUGCUGAAGUCUUCAAGAAACCUUAACGAACAACUAUAGAUGUCUCUCUGUAAAAUGGAAAACCACAAACGAGGGAACCUCUGUAACACGUUUAACGUCGUCGGAAACAGAAAAGGACGAGAGAUGAACUGCCAAACAACGUGCAUUACACUGCGCCGUCCCGUGUGCUACCGUUUUUAUCGAUAAUUAAAAUAAGGCGUCCGCUCUCUGCGCCAAGAGGAAGAAUACGAGAAGUUUUUUUUAGAUGUUAACAUUUUCAUUUCAUGCAAUCAGAAAACGAAUUUUGAAAGAUGGUCGUUACUUUUCGACUUUUCCUCCCAGAGGAGACAGUGACCUCAAAUCAAAAAGGAAAAAUGGCUCGCAUCGAAAUUUUGAAAAUAAGCAAAAGAGAUAAUAGGUGAUAAUAGUACACUUGCCGUAAGGUCGACAGAUUUGAGAUCGCUGCUUACGCCAGAUUAAGAAAAGUGAAGGUUAUUAGCCAGCAAGAAGUUUAUUGCAGUCGCUACGAGAGAUGGUCGCUUCCAAGAGUCCCAUGUAAAUAUUCUCGCAACAGGCAAUAUGUUGAUACUUGCGAAAAGACAUAAUUGCUAACGAAGGACCUCUGUAAAUAUUAUUAUGUAAAGAGUAAUGAAUGUGACAUUAAACAAGAAAAAAAGGGAGUCAUCAUUUGUGAAUUUGGC